AUUAGGGUGGAAGUGACUAGCCAGUCAUUGAACACAACGUCAAAUUCUACAGAAAGGCCCAUUUUUCUAUAAAAGAGCUGCUCUGACUGAAAUUAUUCAUUUAUUAUUUGUAUCUUUGAUCGUAGCAGUUAUGACUGGAGUUGCAAGAGGAGAAUCAAAACAAGUAUCUCAAGAAAUGGAACUUCGAAAGUCAGGAAAUAGUUCACCAACAACUAUACAACAACUACCGAAGGAGAAAGUUUCAGAGAAGUUUGACACCAAUGAGAAGGUAGCUGAAAGCUAUUAUGAUGAUAUGGAUGCAGACACAUUUUACUAUCAUAUAUGGGGUGGCCAAGAUAUUCACGUUGGUCUUUAUAAUGAUCCAGUGGAAAAAGAUAUCAUUCGUGACGCGUCACGUCGUACCGUUUAUUAUAUGACCGGUCUUCUUGAAAAGAGUGGUUUAUUGAAACCUGGUGCUAUCGGGAUGGACCUGGGUGCCGGUUAUGGUGGAACUGCACGGUACCUCGCAGAGAAGUUCGGUGUGAGAGUUGAUUGUCUUAAUAUUUCAGAUUCCCAAAAUGCGAGGAAUCGUCAGAUGACAGAAGCCGCUGGUCUUACACAGCUGGUCUCUGUCGUAUAUGGCUCGUUCCAAGAUAUUCCAGCGCCUGAUAAUUCGUAUGACUUCCUUUGGAGUUCUGAUGCCAUUGAUCAUGCUCCGGAUAAAGCUCAGGUAUUCCGUGAGGUUGCAAGAGUUUUGAAACCCGGAGGUAUAUUUAUUUUUACUGACUUGAUGAAAGCUGAUGAUGUUCCUGCGUCCGAGCUUGGUCCUGUUUUAGAGAGAAUUAAAUUGCCUGAUAUGGGCUCUGUGAAACUUUACAGAUCGUUAGCUGCCAACAAUGGCCUGAAAGAGUAUGCAGUUUACCAGAAGCCAGAAGCUCUCGUGAAUCAUUACUGGAGAGUGAAGUUAGAACUCGAGAAGCAGAAAGACGAAAUUUCAAAAUUCUGUUCAGUUGCAUUUCAAGAACGUAUGAAGCAAGGUUUGGAUCACUGGGUGAAUGCAGGAAAAGCCGGCAAAUUGAAUUGGGCCAUUAUGAUGUUUCAAAAACCAUAAACUUUUCCGAUUAUAACAAUUUCGUUGCCGU